AUGAGUUCGGUUGAACGUCCCCAAAGCGAGGAGUCGAGGUUACUCCUCGUUUCUAAUCGAUUGCCUAUCACGAUCAAACGCUCUGAUGACGGAAAGUAUGAUUUUUCCAUGUCAUCUGGAGGUCUGGUUAGUGGCUUGAGUGGAUUGACAAAAUCGACUACGUUUCGCUGGUAUGGAUGGCCUGGAUUGGAAGUCCCAGAGGAGGAGAUUCCAGUGGUACAGAAGCGGCUCAAGGACGAAUACGGAGCUAUUCCAGUCAUGAUCGAUGACGAGCUUGCCGAUCGACAUUACAAUGGUUUCUCAAAUUCCAUUCUCUGGCCGCUGUUCCAUUAUCAUCCUGGCGAAAUUACCUUUGAUGAAUUCGCAUGGGAAGCAUACAAAAAGGCAAACCGUCUGUUUGCGCAAGCCGUUGCCAAAGAUAUUCAAGAUGGCGACCUCGUCUGGGUCCACGAUUAUCAUUUGAUGUUGCUACCGGAAAUGUUGCGAGAGGAGAUUGGCGACUCGAAGAAGAAUGUUAAAAUAGGCUUCUUUCUUCACACGCCAUUUCCUAGCAGUGAAAUUUAUCGAAUCUUGCCAGUGCGAAAUGAACUCCUUCUGGGUGUUCUACAUUGCGACUUGAUUGGGUUUCAUACCUACGACUACACGCGACACUUCUUGAGUAGCUGCUCACGGCUUCUUAGCUUGAAGACAACUCCGAAUGGAAUCGAGUUUCAAGGCAAGGUUGUUUCUACUGGGGCUUUCCCUAUUGGUAUUGACCCGGACAAGUUCAAGGAAGGACUCCAGAAAGAGAAAGUCCAAAAACGAAUUGAGAUGCUUGAGCAGAAGUUUCAGGGUGUGAAGCUGAUGGUGGGAGUGGACCGAUUAGAUUACAUCAAGGGUGUCCCGCAGAAGCUCCAUGCUCUAGAGGUGUUCCUCAGCGACCACCCAGAGUGGGUAGGAAAGGUGGUUCUCGUGCAGGUCGCGGUGCCCAGCAGGCAGGAUGUGGAAGAAUAUCAGAACCUGCGGGCAGUAGUCAAUGAACUCGUUGGUCGGAUCAAUGGUAAAUUCGGCACUGUUGAGUUCAUGCCCAUUCACUUUCUACAUAAAUCAGUAAACUUCGAUGAGCUCAUCGCCUUGUAUGCUGUCUCGGACGCAUGCAUUGUGUCUUCUACCCGAGACGGUAUGAACCUAGUGGCGUACGAAUAUAUUGCUACACAGCACAAGCGCCACGGCGUUCUCGUUUUAUCUGAAUUUGCUGGAGCAGCUCAGUCGCUCAAUGGCAGUAUCAUCGUCAAUCCCUGGAACACAGAAGAACUGGCCGGCGCCUACCAGGAGGCCGUGACCAUGAGCGAGGAACAGAAGGCGCUUAACUUCUCCAAGCUCGACAAAUAUGUUUCCAAAUACACGAGCGCGUUUUGGGGACAAUCAUUUGUCAGCGAAUUAAGACGCAUUUCAGCGCAGUCGAAACAGAAAGUUUCGCUGAGGAAAGCGUCGCUUCUGAUUCCGGGUACAUCUGCACCUGUGCUUGACGGAAAUGAGCAGACUGUUCCUGACGAUGCAAUUGUUGUGUCGGAGGAGUAG